GCGGCUGCGUUGCAGGCUUGUGCUGUGAUUAGGGCAUGCUGGUGAGACACAUGUCCAGCCACGGGGUGUUACAUCUUAGCAAAAAAUCAUUCCGGGAUACCUUAUAGCGUACACGUAGUAGUGUUUUUACCGUGUUGUUCCCAUGAUCAAUAGCUAGCGUCCGGUGGCUGUGGAACCUGUUAUUGACUCGGUCCAGAGCCAUCGAUUUCAAAUCCAAAUCCGCCGGUCCGUGGGGUCCGAAAGGAUUAAUUGGACAGCUCAACGUUGGCUGAUGUAGAUAUAAAGGAGGGCGCUAUUCGACGAAAAUCCGACGAGCCCUGACCUCCUCCGCCGUCAGACAUUCCAAAAUGAACCUUCUUACAGCUAUCGGUCUCGGAUCGGCGCCCCUGGCAACUCCAGUCCCCAAUUAUGGCCCCUCUUGCCUCAUUUUCCACUUCGUUUGGGCCUACGGGGUGCUGUCGUCUCGCACCCUGAAACAAUACUUUGGCAUUGACCACAACGUGUCCCCCCGCGAGGACCUCAAUAAAUACGGCGAGGCAGCGGUGCGCGAAGGAAAGCUCACGCAGGCCCAACUCGCCAUGCUCCGCCGUAACGAAGCCGCCCACGCGAACGCGGUCGAGAAUUUUGCGCUUCUGGUGGCGGCGAUUUCACUCGCCACCUUCUCAGGAGUUCCUCGCACGACGAUCAACCGAGCCGCGUUAACAUAUACGUUUGCCCGUGUCAGCUAUGGGUUUAUCUAUAUCUUCGUGGAUCGACCCCUCCUCAGCCAGCUGCGCGGCGUUACGUGGUGGAUCGGGAACCUGAGUUGUCUGACCUUGCUGUGGAAGGCGGGAAACCUGCUGAGCGGGUAGUGGAUUGCUUGAUUUUUUUUGGUAUUAAUAUAUUAUAUCAUAUGAAUCUUUUGGAUUCUCUGUAGCCCACGGUAUAUGUAUACUCUGCUAGGCAAAAAUGGCCCUGUUAUUGCUACUCCGUCCAAAGUGGGAGCAGCCUAAAUAUGCGGCAAUCCUGCGUGUCCGUGUCCAAAUAUUCUAGUCUUGUCUGGCCGUCAGGUACAUGUUAGUUACGUUGUUCAAGACUCCAGAAUACUAUCGGAUCGGAACAAGGCCAAAGAUCCUCUACAGCGUGUCCUAGUAGACUCUACCCAGUGUCGACCAAACCGCCCCAGGAUGCAACCGCACGGGGUCGGCGGACGGGAAACGCGCCACCACAAUCAAACACGGAUACAGGGAGUUCACCCGAUGGGUGACGGAUGGCAAUGUAUGGACCUCCUCUGGGGUGAGCGCGGG